CAGCUACAGAACCUUUUGGAACACCACACCAGAGAUGAUGGCGAUCUGAUUUAACAUUGUUGAUGAGAACAUGCUGGGUUCUGUUGUUCAGAUAAAAAGAGAACCAGUUAAGGCCAGUUCCAGUAAUUCCAUAGCGUGAAGAUAAACGUUGGAUGAGAUGCUCAUGGUUGAUAGUGUCAAAUGCAGCUGAAAAUCUAACAGCACGAGGAUUGCUUCCUUAUGGUUGUCCAGUGCACGUAAGAUUUCGUCCUGCACACAUACCAUCUGUGUGACUGUUAUCCUGCUUGUUUCUGCUAAGCAGUUUGUAUUUUAUGCUUAGUGCAGUCACUCUCAGAAAUAUCCAAGACGUAAUUUGCUCAACUAGGUCUUGGGCCAUGGUCCAAGAUUGAGUUGUGCUUUGCCUGAUGAAUAUCACAAACCUGGUUUUACUUGGCGUAUACAGGGCAUACGCGUACUACUCCUGAAUCAAACUUGUACGGGUAGCUUUACACAAUGUAAGCGUAGUAGUUUGGUGUACUGUACAGCUAGGUCUUGGGGCUUUGGUUCAAGACUGAGUUGUGCUUUGCCUGACUGAUGAAUAUAACAAACCUGUGAAUUUUUAUUGGAACAGGACAACGAAAAGUACAAUUUUAUAUUUACAAGGGGUUAUAGUCGUUCUUCCUUAUAAAACUUGUACUAGUACAUGAAGCUUAAAAAAUACAAAAUGUAUGCGUACAGUAGUUGGUGUACUGUACAGCUAGGUCUUUGGGCUUUGGUUCGAGACUAAGUUGUGCAAAAAACCAGCGUGAACCAGUGAUAAGACAAGAUCACUGGUCCCUGCUUGCUAUGCACUGAAGGACUAAGCUUGUACAUUGUAUUGGCCCUGAUAUGUGACAUUUCUUUGCUUUAAUUCGGACAACUUUUAGUUCCAUAAUAAAUAGUAAAAUUUAUUUGGGCAAAGAAUUAACUUCUUGCUCUAUUGUAUGAAUGUGGAAACAUUAAAAACAUAAUAAACAAGAAAAACAUACUUUAAGUAAUAUUCAGUGGGAUUCCCAGACAGGGGAGCAUAUUUUUUUAGUCAAAAACUUAACUGUAACUUAGGCUUAUAUCUCCCAUUAUUCGGUUUCCUCAGGCCUGGAAUUUGAACUACCCCCUGACAGGGCCUUUUCAUUUUGCAAAUAGAAUUUCUGGUGGAAAUCUGAAAGAUUUUGUUUGUAACUUUUGACGGGCACCAAGGCCAAGACCGGGGCAAUGUGGCCUCUGUGUAAUGGAGACAUGAUUCUUUUAGAAAUAUAUUAACGUAGGUGGUACAUGUAGCAUGUAGGAAUAUAGCUAGGUCCCGGGUCAGUGGUCUGGUGCUGAGUUAUAUUUCCCCCUCGCAAUGCAACCCUUUUUGGCACCCAAGUGGUUCAUUUGCUUUGGCUGUAUUGAAUCUUUCUGUUUAAAAAGAUGAGAUUUACAAAAGCUAAGAACAAUGUCAAUGUCAAAAAUACUGAUAAAAACAGGGACAAUUCACUAACAGAAUUUUCAUUUUACAAAGUAGAAAGUAUACAAUAACGACAAUCAAAUGUUACAAUGUUUAAAAAUACUGCCUAAAAGAUGAGCAGUAAGGCGGGACAUAAGACUUACACCGAUUAGGUUAGCAACUCCCAAAAAUGUUAUUUAAAAACGGCUUACUGUAAUCGGGUCCUUAAAAAACACAACACAAACAAAUAAAUACAAUGACAAUAUGAAGAUAAAGAAGAAGAUCUAUAGAUGGUCUCUAUGACCUGGUGGAAUUUCUGUGUGUUUAGGUGUUUCAAUACAAAUCAAUCUAAUUAACAUUGAACUGAGAAAAUUUCUUUACUCUUCCGAUUCGGCAAUAAAUACCAGAAUGGCAUAGGUGGUGUUUAUGCGAUCGGGGACAGCCGGAGACGAAGUAAUCUCGACCAUCUGUUCCUUAUAUCUGGUUGCUAUCAGGUCUUUUUGGGCGACAAUGCUCUGCCCAAUAACGACCAGAGAGGGGCGGGCAUUGACGGCCUCUUUCUCCACUGCAAAUCUUCUGCUUUCUGCCUCUGUCUGAGCUGCGGUGAGGCGUCGCUCGUAUCUUGCAAAGGGGAUUAUGACAGCCCUACUCAGUGCUCUUAUGAUUGAUGAUGGAAGGUUAAUUUUAUAAAAAUAUUUAAUUACUUUUUAACUUUUUAAAAACCUAAAUAAGGCUUUUGAAUUUAAUAAAUGUCUAGCAGUUUUCUCAUUAGUUAGUUGAAAUCUAUGAUCUAAUUAAGAUCUUCGUGAGGGAAAUGUAUUAAAGAAAAGAGGACUAAAUGAAUGACACAAUGACCACAUUUGGACUCGUCAAUUUCGAUGGUCAUGCCCAGCCCACCGAUCCCCUUGCUGCACCUUCUUUUUUUGAUGACACAAAGACAAACUUCACGUCAAAAAGUAAACCAGUCCUUGACAGAUUUACUACAAGUACGUUAACCUUCGUGGACUGAUGUUUCUCUGAUUGCUGCAGAGGUUGCCGCUCUUACCGCCCGUUAGUAGUUGAGCUUGAGGAUUUUCUUCAGUGACAUCUUGCUAUGAUGCUCUGCCCAAUAGCAACCAGAGAGGGGAGGGCAUGCAGCCUCUUUCUCCACUGCAGAUCUUCUGCUUUCUGCCUCUAUCUGAGCUGCGGUGAGGCGUCGCUCGUAUCUUUCAAAAGGGAUUAUGACAGCCCUACUCAGUGCCCUUAUGAUUGAUGGAAGGUUAAUUUUAUAAAAAUAUUUAAUUACUUUUAAACUUUUUUUAAAUCUAAAUAUUCAAGGCCUUUGAAUUCAGUAAAUGUCUAGCAGUUUUCUCAUUAGUAAGUUAUUAUCAUCGAUGCUACUUGAAAAUGAUCCCCCAUCUUUACAUAGUCAAGUCAGGAUAUCGUAGAUUUCAGGGGAGAGUAGGAGACCUUGUUUGUCUUCGGAAAGUUGUUUUGAAGAGACCGGAUGGUAUGGCGCACUGGAUGAUGAAGGGAGUCAGUUCCUUGUCCUGUAUAAGUUGAUGAAGUGGAGAUGAAGCAGUGAUGCGGAUGGCAAGCCAUGUUACUCGCUUCUUGAAGCCAACUCUGUUGUAGAGUGUAUUUAUAGGAAAAGAAGAGGUGUUUUGAUAGAGAAAACUGAAGACUGAGACGAAAGGCUUUCUUCAAUUGUUUCAGACGGGAAACAAACAGGAGGAAUACACUGCAUUCCCAAAAUCUGCUCCCUGUCUGGACUCAAAAUGAAGCCAUCACUUCGUAAGAAGCGGAUCUUCCCAAGUAACUUAGGCGACCGUUUAUCGGUUAGCUUCGCCGUCUGUGAGCUGUUCGUAGAGGGCUUCUUUGAACUGUUGGUAAUUCUGCCUCGUCUGUACCCAGAAGCCACCACAUCUUACUGGCUAAGUGUCGCAUUCGGCCUGUUUCUAUUCGUCAAUACACUCGGUAACAUGUUUAUGUCGAUGGCCACCGACCUAUCGUCCGGGAUCUCGAUAUUGCCUUCCGUCUUAAAACCAUCGUGGAGCUACUGCCCCAUUUGCAUGAAGAACUCCCCGCCGCGUUCUUUCCACUGCUUCCAGUGCAACGCGUGCAUCCUGAAACGUGACCACCACUGCCUGUUUAUCGGCAACUGCGUCGGCCACGCCAAUCAACGCUACUAUUUGAUGAGCGUCAUGUAUAUCAGCUUCGGGGCCCUUUACGCGAAUUAUCUGAACAUGGACUUGGCAUUGGAGAGUGUCGCAAAAAACCUAAACUUUAAGACGUUGAUAGCGUCGUUCACUCCGAUCUUCGGUUGGCUGCUCGGCUUAACGGAGUCGACGUCGUUUUUCAUCGCAUUCCAGAGUGGCACUUGUGUUCUAGCAUCCAUUGCAUUUACAAUCCUCUUCAUAUUCCAUUUACGUAUCACAUUACGAGGGCAGACUACGCAUGAACUUCGCCGAAUCCGAGACCGGUCCUACGACCUCGGUGUUGUGGACAACCUUCGAGAGGCUCUUGGUACCCGCUGGUACCUGGUGUGGAUAUUUCCUGCAAUCAGUUCUCCGCUUCCGAGUGAUGGCCUCCAUUUUAGGAAGCGUGAUUCGACUUUACUUGAAAAUGUCAAGGACAUGUGACUAGAUUUAUAAAACCUUUAUAACAAUUUGUACAAUCAUUUUCUAGUGUCCCUGGGGGGCCUCUCUCAAACCUUGGCCUGUGCUCCAGGCUGUCUGCUGAUGUUCGAACCACUGCGUGCAAAAUAUACGCUGCUCCAAAAAUGUAGACAGCUGGCGGUCAGGUUCAUACUCGCCAUGAUUCAAAUUUGUGUGCAGCACGGGGUCCGCAAGCCAGAGACGGAGCCCAAGCCGAGGUUUGAGAAAGGACCCAUGUGUUGAAUUGAUAGAUUCUUGCUACCAUACUUUGAGUAAGUUCGGGUGAGCGACUAGACUUGACCAGAGACCGAAUAUUGGGUCCAGAAACUGUGAUGUAGAUCUCGAUGCUCCAUGUGCAUUGUUCUAUAUAGUCAAUCUCCCUGUGCUCUUUGGUUUCUGGUUAAUGUGGUAAGGUCUAGUUGAGUGGAGUCGCACCUGAACUUGCUCCAAGUAGAACCAAAUUUGAAAGUACAUGAAGUAGGAUUAGAAGCUUUGCAUGGGUGGAGUGCAAUCAGGUGAGGUUUGCAGUAGCACCACGUUUGCACCAUUUAAUAUUGGUAUUAACUCAAAAUAAUUAUUAGCAUAAAACCUUACUUGGUAACGAGUAAUGGGGAGAGGUUGAUAGUAUAAAACAU